AUGCAGUGUCUUACACUAGAGGAUAGGCACCUCCUCGCUUCAGCGACAGUUGCCAUCCCCAAGGAACACCACCAUUUUGUCAUUGGAAAGAAUGGUGAGAAGCUGCAGGACCUGAAGCUCAAAACUGCAAGCAAAAUGCAGAUCCCCCACCCAGAUGACCCCAGCAACCAGAUCAAGAUUAGCGGCACUAAAGAAGGGAUUGAGAAGGCCCGGCACGAGAUCCUGCUUAUCUCUGCUGAGCAGGAUAAGCAUGCUGUGGAGCAGCUGGACAUGGAGAAAGUGUACCACCCUUUCAUUGCUGGCCGUUACAACAAGCUGGUGAGUGAGCUCAUGCAGGACACAGGGACGUGCAUCAACAUUCCUCCACCCAGUGUCAACAAGACAGAGAUAGUCUUCACCGGAGAAAAGGAGCAGCUAGCCCAGGCUGUGGCUCGAGUUAAGAAGAUCUAUGAGGAGAAGAAGAAGAAGGCUACUACCAUUGCAGUGGAGGUGAAGAAGUCCCAGCACAAGUAUGUCAUCGGCCCCAAGGGGAAUUCCCUGCAGGAGAUCUUGGAGAAGACUGGAGUCUCUGUCGAGAUCCCACCCACUGACAGUAGCUUGGAGAUGGUGAUACUGCGAGGAGAGCCUGAAAAACUUGGGCAAGCAUUGACUGAAGUCUAUGCAAAGGCCAACAGUUUUACCAUCUCCUCGGUCUCUGCCCCCUCUUGGCUUCAUCGUUUCAUUAUUAGAAAGAAAGGGCAGAACCUGGCCAAAAUAACUCAGCAGAUGCCAAAGGUUCACAUCAAAUUCACUGGAGGAGAGGAUAACAUCACUUUGGAAGGACCUACAGAAGAUGUGCAUGUGGCUCAGGAACAGAUUGAAGUCAUGGUCAAGGAUCUGAUCAACCGGAUGGAUUACGCAGAAAUCAAUGCUGACCACCAAUUCCACUGACACCUCAUUGGCAAGAAUGGAGCUAACAUUAACAGGAUCAAGGACCUCUACAAGGUGUCUGUGUGCAUUCCCCCAGGCAAUGAGAAGAGCAACCUGAUCAGAGUUGAAGGAGACCCACGGGGGGUCCCACAGGCCAAGAAAGAGCUGCUGGAACUCUCUUCCUGUAAGGAAAAUGAACGCACAGCGGACCUAAUCAUUGAGCAGAAAUUCCACCGGACCAUCAUUGGGCAGAAGGGUGAGCGGAUCUGGGAAAUCUGGGAGAAAUUCCCAGAGAAGGAGCUGGUGAGUGAAGCAACUGGCCUUUUGCGGUUGAGGGACUGGAGAAUCUUGCUAGAAGACACGGAUACAGAUGUGGUUGUAAUGGGCUGCUUCAUCUGCUCCAUCGUGGAGGAGUGUGGUGGAGUCCACAUCCACUUCCCCACCAAGAGCUCUGGCAGUGACACUGUGACCAUCAGGGCCCCAGCCCAGGGUGUGGAGAAAGCCAAGAAACAGCUGCUGCACCUUUGA